UUGUUUUAUGUUUGGUGGAAGCUUAUAAGUCAUGCCAGCUAAUCUCCUUUACUCCAUUAAACUAUUCUUUUGCUGAAAAGUCGUUUCUUUUCUUUUUGUGCUUUUCCUUCUAAAUUAUUUUAUCAACUCCAACUCUGUCUGUUCCACUACACUUUGGCCUUCACUGGAAAGUAGUGGUACUUAAAUGUCAUUAAAAGUUAAGUGAUCUUUGCAGGUAUGAUGCAGGUGGUGUGAUCUACAACCCCUGGGAUUAGCUCACUCUUGUUUGCUUGCUUGCUUUGUCUUUGAUGAUUGGGGUUAUCAUUUAGGACUUUGGAAUUUGCACAACAGCACAAGUACAAAAAGCAGAUAAAUUAUGCCUUUACUUUGGAAAGGUGAGGUGGAAACCGAAGUUAAGGAGAGAAUCUGAGAAUGAGUGCUCUCUCAUUCUCACACCACAUGCACAUGAAAGGGCUCUGUACCUUUGGGGGUUAUAUAGGGUUAUGGCCGAGUAGUUGUUGUUGCACCAAUUUUUGAAGGCAAGUUUUUGUUUUUGGCUUUCGUUUGUCUUUCCUCUCCGUUGUGUAAUUAGAUGGGGGAGACGGCAGCUUCCAAUCCUGCUUUGCAAGUGUCUGUUUCGUUCGGUAGAUUUGAGAACGAUUCCUUGUCUUGGGAGAAAUGGUCUGCUUUCUCACCAAAUAAGUACUUGGAAGAAGUUGAGAAGUGUGCCACACCUGGAUCAGUUGCUCAGAAGAAAGCUUACUUUGAAGCUCAUUACAAGAACGUUGCUGCACGGAAAGCCGAAUUGCUUGCUCAAGAGAAGCAGACGGAGAAAGCUUCUGUUAAGACACAAUAUCAAAACGAUGAAGAUCUGAGUUGUAACAGUUGUGUGACCGAUGCAGAAUGUGAUAUUUCCAAUGCUCAAGGUUCUAGUGAAGGGGUUAAGCAAGAAAUCAAUUCAGUCGGUGAGAUUGUUAGGACUGAUGUGAGUAAUUUGGAGUAUGCUGCAGUUUCAAGAGAUUAUCAAGGUUCAUCAGUUGAGGGAGAAAAAGUGAAUGAUAAACUGGAGAGAAGAUCAAGUGGUGGUUCCCUGAUAGAGAAAAAACAGGAAGAAGUUGUCUGCGUUGAACAAGGAGGGAGUAAAGAAGAAAGUCCUAACAUUGAAGCUGAAGGUUUGAAGGAAGUUUCACACAAUGUAAACAAUGAGCCAGUAAAGGCUUCAGAAAUUGAAGCACAAUAUAAGACCUUGGAUAAUCCAAAGGCAUCUAAGAAGUUUGGACAGGUUACUCCAGUGAGCAGAGAAAGUAAUGCAACAAAGGGGAAGAAGAAAUCCGUGCAACCUACGUCUAAGCCUAAGGCAUCUCGAAUUUCCACUCCUAGGAAUCCAAAGCCAUCAUCAACUCCCACCAAAACAUUUGCAUCUGCAUCUUCAACUAAAAAGGAAAUUUCUCCAUCAAUAUCUGGGAGGGAAACUGCUUCCACUGCAGAGAACAGAAAAGUUCCUAAUAAAACUUUGCACAUGUCCCUUAGCUUGGGUCCAAGCCAAUCUGAACCUGCUCCGCGUACUACAGUGAGGAAAUCUUUGAUUAUGGAGAGAAUGGGGGAUAAGGACAUAGUCAAACGAGCAUUCAAGACGUUUCAGAAUAAUUUCAAUCAGCCCAAAACUUCUGGUGAAAACAAAUCUUUGGUAAAAGAAAAGGUUCCUUCAAAGGUGACAGAGCCAAGGAAUCUGACAUCUAUAUCUCUGCGAAAGGAAUACGGGCAGUCACCCAAGGUUGACAGUGCUGGUAAAAGAAGUGGGAAUACUGCACGAACUGCUUUCGGCCUAAAAACUGAUGUUAAAGCAGAGAAAGGAAAAGAGUUUCCAAGAAAAAUAGAAGAAAAAUUUUAUACAAAAGAGGUAGAAAGAACGCAUCAUCAAUCGAAAUCAAAGGAGGAAAAGAUAAAACAUAAUAUCAAGGUCACUUCCUUGCCAGCUUUUCACCAGGGUCAGAAAGCAUCCAAAAACCAUUCACAGAAGGAGGAAAUUAAGAUGGAGAAAUGGAGGUAGCCUAAGAAGCAUGA